AUGGCCGCAAAGAUCAAAGUGGCCGCCAUCCAGCUCUAUUCCGAGCCCCUGGCGCCCGCGGCCAACUUUGCCCGCGCAGAAGCCUACAUCCGCGACGCCGCUUCGCAGGGCGCCAACAUCGCCGUCCUCCCAGAGUACCACCUCGCCAGCUGGGUGCCCGACGCUGCCGCGGCAUUCGCCUCGACGGCGGCCCAGUCCGCGCCAUGCCUGGACAAGUACCGCGCGCUCGCCCGGGAGCUCGGCGUGGCCAUCGUCCCAGGGACGCUCCUUGAGCCCGGGACGUCGUCCGGCAGCGGCAGCGGCAGCGGCAACGGCAGCGGCCUCGCCAACGUUGCCUACUUCAUCGGUCCGGAUGGCGCCAUCCUCGGCCGCUAUCAGAAGAAGAACCUCUGGCACCCUGAGCGGCCGCACCUGGCGGCGGACAUUGAGACGCCGCACGCCGCGUUCGACACGCCGUGGGGCAGGAUGGGGAUGCUGAUCUGCUGGGAUAUCGCGUUCCCCGAGGCGUGCAGGGCGCUUGUGGCGGAUGGUGCGAAGAUGAUCAUAAGCCCGUCGUUUUGGUUGGCCGACGACGGUGGCGAGGGCUCGAGCUUGAAUCCCGACUGCGAAAAGAUGAUCUUGGACAAUGUCUGCAUCACGAGGGCCUUUGAGAACGCGGCUGCGAUAGUGUACGUCAACAGCGGCGCGCCAAAGGGCAGUACGAACGGCAGGGACGGCAGAGGCAACACGUUUUGCGGCGCGAGCCAGGUUGCUGUACCGAUUGUAGGGAGGCUGGGUGGCGGAGGGUCCAUGGGCCCGGCCGAGGAGAUGAGGGUUUUCGACGUCGACAUGGCACUGCUGGAUGUGGCCGAGGGUGUGUACAAGGUCAGGCGAGAUAUGGCGAGCGAGGGAUGGCAUUACGGGCCGUAUCGUUUACCAUGA